GCAGCCAGCAGCCAGCAGCCAGCAGCCAGCCGCCAUCCAGCCACGAGCCAGCCAGCCAGCAGCCAGCAGCCAGCCGCCAUCCAGCCACGAGCCAGCCAGCAGCCAGCAGCCAGCCGCCAUCCAGCCACGAGCCAGCCAGCCAGCAGCCAGGGGUUCAGAGGGGAGAGAAAGACACACCAUCCUCAUCUCAUCUCAUCCUGUCGUCCCUCCUGCUUCUCUCUCUCCAUCCACACGACAGCUACAGGCAUCGCCAUGGCGUCCUCCUCCCUCCUCCUCAACUCCUCCUCCCCCGUCACGUCUUUCCUCAGCGGAGGAAACCCCAUCAUCUCCUCCUCCCACCUCCUCAACUCCACCUCCCUCCUCAGCGGUGGUGUCAACUCCUCCUCCUCCUCCUCUCCUGUUCCCGCCUACAUCGACCCUUGGCAGUCGGAGACGUCUCGCGUGCUGCAGAUGGUUGCCACGGUGAUCAUCAUCGUGGUGGGCGUGCCCCUCAACCUGCUGGUGGUCUGGGUGCUGGGGGUGAAGCGCGUCAUCCGACGACCAAACCUCUCCGUCGCCGACGAGACGCGCACGGCCAGCAGCUUCCGGGUGUACGUGGUGAACUUGGCUCUGGCUGACUUGGUGUUGCUGCUCCGCACGCCGCUCAUGUUCGGGUACCUGGCACACCACUUCUCAUGGCCCCUCGGCAUGCACGCCUGCCGCCUGGUGAUGUUCCUGAGAGGGCUGGGGCUGUAUGCGGCGGCGUGCCUGCUGUGUGCGGUUGCAGUGGAGCGGUGCCUGUGCCUGCUGCGUCCGGUCUGGGCGAGUCUGAAGCGUCCGCGUUGGGCCGUGCCCCUCGCCUGCGGAGUGCUCUGGCUGCUGGCAUUCUGCCUCGCCGCCCCCUACCUGCGGACAGCGGUACUGAAGGAGAUGGGGGGCAAGAUGCAGUGCCUGGAGAGCGACCCGAAAGACGGCACCCCCACGGGCUACUUCGUGACGGAGACCAUCUUCGGCUUCCUGUUACCGGUCACCAUCUUCCUGUCCUGCAACAUCCUGGUGCUCAUCACCGCACGCCGCGCUGAGGGAGGCGGGAUGAUGUCACCCACGGCAACCGGCUCCUUGGCAACCUCAGCAGGGUCCACGGUGACGUCGCCUGUGCUGCUGUCUCAGGUGUCGACGAUGCCGGGAGGUGCUGCCCAGAGCCUGACUAACCGGCGGCUGGGGCGUCUGUACCGCGUCCUGCUCCUCACCAUGCUGCUGUUCCUGGUCUGCUGGGUGCCGUACUUCUGUUUCCGCCUGAUGCGCUGGGUAACGGGCACGCGGCCGCACCUGCGCCACCUCAACCUCACGGCCAUCAGGGGAUACUACGUCUCGCUCUUCCUGGUCUACGUCAAGAGCAUGCUGAACCCCAUCAUGUACGUGUUCGCCGCGCGGGGGCUGGGCCGGACGAUGCGCGCCUCGCUGCUCUCCGCCGUGGAACGCGUCUUCAACGACGAGAACUCGGAAUCCAUGAGGAGGAAGUCGCUACGCAGGAAAGACUCUCAGUUCUGAUUGGAGCAGGAGGGUGGACUCACAUUUCUGAUUGGCUCUGGACAAGGCGGGAGGAAAGAAUACCAGUUCUGAUUGGGUCUGGACAAGGCGGGAGGAGGGACUCUCAGUUCUGAUUGGAUCUGGACAAGGCGGGAGGAAAGAAUACCAGCUCUGAUUGGGUCUGGUUGAAUGGGUCUGACUGGACAAGGUGGACCCCUAGUUCUGAUUGGCCGGGACAAGAGAAUUCAACUUCUCAUUGGCCACAACAACAAGAGAAUCCAUGUUCUAAUAGACCCCUUUAACUGUUUACAGAUGUGAUGACAUCGGGCUGCGCGCAUAUUGCUGGAGUAGAAUCGUGUGUACCGCACAUUUGUAAAGAAAGUAGCUGAGACCAGUGUUUUUUCCGAAAUAAGAAAAUGGAUGGUCACGAUAACUUCAGAUAUGAAGUGGGCGCCACAGACACAGGCAUUCCUGAUGGUGUUCUCAGUCCAGUCGGUACAUUUACUUUCUAACCAAAAACAUCUCCUAUGCUUCUGGAACAGCCUAUUCUCUCUCGGAAUAGCGUAACAAGUGUACUUUUCAGGAUCUCUAUUUUUACAACCGCUUCACGCGCUUCAGGACGCCAUGUCUUCUCUCUUCAUGGUCGGCACGGUCUGUCUGUUUGUGAGUGUGCGUCUGAGCCAACCAUGUGCAUUGUCAGUGACGAAGAUGUAACUUCUAAAGGGGUCAACUGCUGAUCGUCACAGGACCUGAGGAGUUGAUAUUACUGAGCUGAGUAUUAGGAACGUUUUCAAUGAACUACAACCUUUUUGUUAGUGUUUUUUCCCUUACUGCCUAAAGUUGCCAUGAACUAUUUGAGGCUUCUUUUUUUUCUUUUUUAAAGAACUAUUGUUGAGUGUGUGGGGAUUGCAACAGCAGGGAGGAGAACCUGGAAGCACAAGCCUAAAAUCACAGCAAGUUGGAAAAAACAAACAAACUGUUACUCUGAAUGUAUUUGUGUCAUUAUGCAUUAUUUGUUUUAUCUGAAAGAAAGAAAGAAAAACAGUCUUAUUUUUGUAAAUGUUUUAUAUUUUGAUAUGCAAAGAAUAUAUUACAAUAAUAAAAAUACAAAAACUUGAAAAGGAUUGCUGACUGGAGAAGGAGAAGACAUAAGGGUUAAGUUACAUAACAUAACUGUGAAACGCAACAAAGUUCCUUUUUUUCUUCUCACUGAGAAAUAAUGUUUCGGUAGAAACUUAGUGAAGAUUGUGCACAUCCCAGGAAAAAAUACAGGAUGCAACGCUGACUGUAGCUUUCUGAGUGAGGAGUCUGCACAUUUAAAAUCCUUAAUUUUAAUUAUUAUUAAUUAAAAUCCCUUUUUAAAAUUAUCAUUAUUAUUAUUUCAUGGCUGGAUCCAGCAUAAAAAAAGAAAGAAAAAAAGAUUUUAAGUGUGCAGACUCCUCACUCCAAAUGCUGUAGAAACUUUGAAAUCUU